AUGGACUCUACAAGCGCGAUGUCUUCCGUACGUUUAUCCCCCCCCUCCCCGCCCCCCACCAUCUGCUGGGCGCUGUAUACAGUGUGCUGCUCGCUGCUUCCCCUCCACCGAAUAGUCUGUCCGUCCGUCCGUCGCUUACAUAAAUCUCGUUCGAUAACAGGCUUCCCGGACCCCUUCGCCGUGGCCACCAUCAACGGCGAGCAGACGCGCACCACCAAUGUCAUCAAGAAGACGCUGAACCCGUACUGGAACGAGAGCUUCGACAUGUACGUCAUGUCGCCCCAUGCCUCUUUCCACCCCUUUCCUGCCCAGCGACCGCAUCCCAGCACAGCGCUAAUCCAUACCACAGGCGAGUCAAUGAGGAGAGCGUUUUGGCAGUCCAGAUCUUCGACCAGAAGAAGUUCAAGAAGAAGGACCAGGGCUUCUUGGGCGUCAUCAAUGUCCGCAUUGGUUCCGUAA